GAGAAAGAGAGCAAGAGAGAGAGAUGCGCGCAUGUCCAGUUCUUCCAUGCAGACUGCUCUCCCAGCUCGCCAAUCGUUCUAGCGAGUUUCCCCACUCUUUUUCUCUCCCCGUCUUUACAUGUGCACCGGACAUACAGCUCUCUCCUAAGCGGACACUGCAGGGGAAGAAGCGAACGAGCCCACCAUGGAAUAGGAAUACUGCUGGACAAAACUGGGGGAAAAAACUCUAUCAUCUUUCUUCUUUCCUCCCCUUUUUCUGACGCCUUUCUCUCUCUCUCGCAUCUCCCCCCUCUCUCUCGAUGUCUCUCAACAGUUUCUGAAGGGAUUGAAGGAAAUAAAAAUGAGGAUUAUUAUUUUUUCUUGGCACUUUCUCGGGGUGUAUUCCGCCCUUUGGGGACUGGCGACGGGGGCUUUCCCCAGCUCAGUGCAGAUAGGUGGGUUGUUCAUUAGGAAUACUGAUCAGGAGUAUACAGCGUUUCGACUAGCUAUCUUCCUUCACAACACCAGCCCUAAUGCUACGGAAGCUCCCUUUAACCUGGUCCCACAUGUCGACAAUAUAGAGACUGCCAACAGCUUUGCAGUCACCAAUGCAUUCUGUUCUCAGUAUUCGAGGGGGGUCUUCGCCAUCUUCGGCCUUUACGACAAGCGCUCGGUGAACACGCUGACGUCGUUCUGUGGGGCCCUGCACAUCAGCCUAGUGACGCCCAGCUUCCCCACUGAAGGAGAGGGCCAGUUCACCCUGCAGCUGCGGCCAUCCAUCAGAGGGGCUUUGUUGUCACUGUUGGAUCACUACGACUGGAGCCGAUUUGUCUUCCUCUACGACACAGACAGAGGUUAUGCAAUACUGCAGGCAAUUAUGGAGAGAGCGGGGCAGAACGGAUGGCAGGUGAGUGCUAUCUGUGUGGAGAGUUUCAAUGAGGCAGCAUAUCGCCGACUCCUAGAGGACCUGGACCGACGUCAGGAGAGGAAAUAUGUCAUUGACCUGGAGCCUGAGAGACUACAGAGCAUCCUAGAACAGGCUGUCAGCGUGGGGAAACAUGUAAAAGGUUACCAUUACAUCAUAGCAAACCUGGGUUUUAAGGACAUAUCUCUGGAGAGGUUCAUGCACGGCGGGGCCAAUGUGACUGGUUUCCAGCUGGUGGACUUCAGCAGGCCUAUCGUUAUCAAACUGAUGCAGCGCUGGAACAAACUGGAUCAGAGAGAGUACCCUGGAUCUGAAAGCCCACCUAAGUAUACCUCAUCUCUAACGUAUGAUGGCGUCCUUGUGAUGGCCGAGGCCUUCCGCACCCUUCGCCGUCAGAAAAUUGACAUCAGUCGCCGUGGCAACGCUGGCGACUGCCUGGCCAAUCCAGCUGCUCCCUGGAACCAAGGAAUAGAUAUGGAGCGUGCACUCAAACAGGUGCGUAUUCAGGGCCUGACUGGGAACAUUCAGUUUGAUCACUACGGUCGGAGGGUCAACUAUACCAUGGACGUGUUUGAACUGAAGAGCAACGGACCACGCAAGAUUGGCUACUGGAAUGACAUAGACAAACUUGUGUUGGUCCAGAAUGAAAAUGCUCUGUCCAAUGACAGCUCAGCAAUGGAGAACCGGACAGUAGUCGUGACAACCAUCAUGCCUCUGAUGAUGAGGAAGCCUCUGCUGCGACACUGAUGCCGGGUCUGCAGACAGAGCAACAGACUGAAACACAGACUCACCUGAGUCGCAAACCCUUGGGAAAGACAGAGGACAGACAGACUGAUAGACUGAGUGUCCCCAAAAGCUCUGUACAAAGACUCAGUGCGCUUUUUGUUUUGUUGUGAUGGCUUUUUGUUUGAUAAGGAGAUUUUGUUUGUUUUGAAAUGAUUUCUUUGUUUAGAAGUGGUUUGCCCUGCAUUAACACAGCAACAAUGACAAAGAGGGACUGAACAGAUGAAAAGGAGAUUCACGGCCGCCAUGUUUUGAGCCAGUGAUGCACUGGGACGCCUUGCUCACUGUGCUCCUCUCUUCCUCUCAUGAUAAAAACCACAGUUGGAUGAGAGCUCUGCGAGGGAUUUUGUGGCCGCUGUCAAGAUUUGACCUUUUGCCACACAAAAUCACCGGACCAUCAGACAGCGCUGUUAAUUCAGAUUCUUUUCACUCCUUUUGAGGACACCACAGUCACCACCACCUUCUGUGUUACCUGCAGGAAAAAUUAUCUCACAAAAAUAUAUAAUUUUCUAUAUUUUCAUAUUGUUUAUUGUUAUUCAUUAUUGUUUUUUUUCUUUCAAGAGAAAGUGUGGGAGGAGAGUGAUAUAUGGACAGGUCUUCUGUCCUGCAUUUUGCAGCUCUCACCUUUUGAUACCGCUCUUCUUCCACCUUCAGUUUUCUGCUCCGUCACUCUGUAAAUCUACUCAGUCAUGCUUACUCGGUCAACAUUCCUCUACUGUAGCUCCUCCUCAGCUCCUCUGAGAUCUCUACACCUGAAAGGUAUUCGACACUAGGGGCGCUUAUCUGAAGCACAAGAGAUUCCCACACUUUGCAUUGAAAUGGCACCAUUAUAAAUGUUUUAACUUGUCUAUAAUGAAAUUUUCACACUCGCACUGUAACCUAUUUUUCAACACUGAAGGUGUGAGAGUACAUGCAAGCAAAUUAGCCCUCACACUAUAAAAGAUACAUGUAUACACACACAAAUAUUUACACAAACAACCUGUAUGAGCAAAGUGCAUUGAAGGGGAUUGAUUGUUAAACCUGUUGGCAUUUGCCUUAAGUAAUGUGCACUUGCUGUACUUGUUAACAUAGCCCCUGAGAAUAUGUCAAUCUCUUAUUUAUGCUUUUGCUUUGACCUUAGUUAACCACAGCAUACAAAAUGCUCCUUUAGCUAUUUUUCUGUUUAAUUGCCUUUAAUAUAAUAUUACAUUAUAAAACAUUUUGACAUCUGACUUCUAAUCAAUGAAACUUGCCUUUAAAUGUAUUUUUUAUGAUGGAUGGAUUAUCAAAAAGUGCAGCACGCUCAGGUGCAGCACACAGAGUGUUGAACAAAAACUGUACAGUCCACUAAACUUUCUCCCACAGUGUGUUUAUAAAUGAAAAGUCAGUGUUCUCACAAGGUUCUUCAUCAGGAUGCAAGACUCUCAUACUCAGAGCUGAAGAUGGUAAAUAGAUAUUAGGGAGGUACAUUAUUUAUGUGAUGGUAUAAAGUAGGUCAAAUUACAUAAACAGAAGACAAAAUAUGCAGGCUUCUGAAAAUGUUGGCUUUGAACACAUAUAUAACUGGUUCAACAAAAAUAGAGACUAACACAAAGUAUUGUGGAUGCAACUAGCUGAUGGACUGAGUGGCUGGUGAAUCUGUUAACAGGUUGAAUCAUUGGCUAGACUGACAACAAGGCGUGUGUUGGGCUGGCUGGUUAGUUACCUGGUGGACUGACUAACUUAGCAGCUGACUGGCUGAGUUACUGUGAAAAGCUGUUUACCUGGCAGGUUGACUUGGUGACAGACCAACUGGCAUGGUGGCACUGACUGAGUGCUGGCUGAUUGACGGCCAAUCGACUGAUUUGACUGUCUGCUGAAUUGCCUUGCUCUCUUUAUGGCUGAAUAGCUGUGAGAUAAUCACACUGACUCACAGGCCAAAUAUGUGACUGGGCAGAUGAUUAUGUAGUGUAAUUGCAGUAAUUAAUUAAUGAAUGAACUGAUUGACCAACUGACUGACUGAAACAGGCUGUGACUAACCGACUGCCUGGCUUGCCUCUCUGGCCAUCUGAAUGGAUGGCUCACAGGCUGAUUAAAUGUCUCGGUGGUUAGCUAACUCGUUAUGUGACAGUCUGGCUUUUUAAAUGCUGUACUGAUUGAGUGUCCGGUUGGCAGCCUGAAUGAGUGACUGGACAGUUAGGUGCCUGUUUUCACUGGCUGGCUAACUGGCUUACAUUACAAGUCCUGUCUGCCUUUUUGGCUGCAGUGUGAAGUGUUUUAUAUCUUAUCAGCCCCAACCAUUUGCUUAUACAAAGCUGUUCCCACUCUUUCACCCAUCCAUUUUCCCUUUUCAUCCCAUCCCCUCUCCUGCUUUCUGCCUCUUUUCCUCAUUUUUCAUUUUGUCGUAUUCUCUCUUUCUCUUUAUCUCUCCUUCACGCUUUCCCUUUUUCCGUUCCUAUCUUCCAUUCUCCCUGUAGCUAUCGCUGUUUGUAUUCUGAUCUGCUCCUGCAUCUUUCUUCUAUAGUUUCAUGCAGUCAACACACCCCACAUCUCUCUCUCCAGCUGCAUUUCCUCCUAUUUCUCUUUACCGUGCCCUCCCUCCCUUUUUCCUUUCGACCUCCUGAUCUUUGCUCCUAUUUCCUCGCUUUUUCUCCCCCCUUAUCACCUCCCGUUUCUUGCCAUGCCCUGACUCAUUAUGCCACAUGCAACAACCAAACAUGAUGGUUUCUUCCAAGAAGUAAAUACAUGCACUAACAUCCAGUACACACAAACAUACUCACACACAGCACUGGCAUUGCUACUUUCACACCGAGACAAAGGUGUCUGGGGCAAACUGAUAACAAACCUUAAGGAGGCUUUAAAGUAAAACACUGUUGGCAGAGCUCCCACUGGUAUCUGUAUGUGUGUGUCUGUUUAUGUGCAGUUGCUUUCAUAAUACUAAAUUAACUCAACAAAGUAGCCUCCUCUGAUUUCAAACACUUGACCUUCUAACAUGAUAAACCUGAGGGUAAUUUGAUGGAGGAGGCAACUAUGUGGUUGCAAUCUCCUUGUUAACACAAAUUAAGUAAAUGAUUCCUCUCAAGAUUCGAUGAUUUAAUAUGAAAAGUGUAGCAAAAUGGCCUUCCUGUAUUUUUGAGGCAUUAAGAAUUUAAUAGUAAUAAUAGUUUCAUCCCCCAAUGUGAGACUAAGUCUCCUCUUUGGGCUUCUGACCCACCUGGACUUUGACAAGAUCUCAUCAGAAGAAUUUCCCAGGAAGUAUCUUUUACAUUUCAGCUCACUUUGUAUGAAUUAUAGCACCAAAUAAAUAUCCUUAAAGGAAUAGUUUUGACAUUUCGCUUUCUUGCUGAGGGUUCAAUGAGGAGAUCGAUACCACUCUCAUGUCUGUCUAUUUAAUAUGUGGCUGGAACCAGCAGCCGGUUAGCUUAGCUUAGCAUAAAGUCUGAAAACAGGAGAAAACAGUUGGCUUUGCUUCACUGUAUCCAAAACGAGUCUGCCCAGUAUUACAGUGUUUUAAUGAUUUUAAACAAAAAUAAUCAUGUUCAUCUGGUUACAGCAUUACCAUCAUUUGUUCUUUUCAACUUCCUUAAAAAUAACCUGAGCUGAAUAUUCCCAUCAUUGUCAUUGUAGAAAGUCUCUGUUUUAUCGGUGUUCAUAUUGAGUUGUUGUCAUGCACCAAACAUUAUAUGCAGCUUAGUGUCAUUCACCUGAAUAAAUGCACCAAAUAAUCUCUGCCACAGAAUUAUCCUUCAAACACGUUUCCUCACAAACAGUAUUGUCACAUUUCUGUCAGUGAUAUUUGUUGGAUCUCUGGGCAGUUAAUAUCACACCAGGUUGGAAACCAUUAAGUUUAUGAUUGCAAACCAAUAAAAACUAAAAAAAAAAUGUAAUCACACAGUAUAUGUUAUGUGAAGAUUAUUGUGAAACUGUAAAUUAGAUAUUUAAUUAGGUUUCAACUUUGAAUGCGUGCUUUUCAGCUAGCAUCUUCAUCUCUUUUAGUCUUUUUCCCUGCUACAGAGCAGUCCUCAUGGUUGUCGAUCUAUUAAAGGGAAUUUACUUGAAACUCUUUUGAUGUUCAUUAACAUUAUAAAUUAUGUUGCGUCAAUGGAAUGAGCACCCCAGGACCUGCAAGUCCCUGAUAAUGUCGUUUUGGGAGAAAUCUUUUUGUAUGUUCUGACACUGAAGACAGUGGGGGAAAAAUUUUGUAGUUGAUGUUGAUGUUGGUGAUAAAAGUGUGUGAGAAAAAUGUUCAGCAUGAAGAACUGAAUUCUCAUCUGUGUGGUUGGUUUUAGAAGAAAUGUAUUUUGUUUGAACAAAUUUUGACAAACUGACGACUGAAUAAUGGUUUGUAAGAAAUGUGAUAAUCCAAUGCUUGGGAUGUUUUUUAUUUGUUUUAAAAUGUGUAUUUGUUUCUCAACCUUACAUAUGUUUCAUAUGUAAAUGUAAGAUUAUUUGUUUAUGCACAAAGGAAUGGACUUGCACAUCCCAAAGAACAUUUCUGACAACUGCUGGAUUUGAGGCUUAACACUUAGUAUAUUUUAAAACUUACAUGAUUCACCAUGUAACACUGACAAUAAUUUAACAGGAAGAAAACUCACUUGCUAGGUAGACAUUGAUGCUGAGCUCACGCUCUGGAUUUAGAAACAGGAAGAGUCUACAGUCCUGCUGUGGGGCUGUACUUUGGCACAGCAGUGCUUUGAGCUAAAUGCCCAUAUCAGCAUGCUAACAUGCUCAAAAUGACAAAAUGAUAGCAUGUUGAUGUUUAGGAGGUAUUUACCAUGUUCGUCAUAUUAGUUAAGUGUAAUCGCAUGCUAACAUUUGCUAAUUAGCACUAAACACAAAGUACAGCUGAGACUGAUGGGAAAUGUCAUUAGUUUUGAAGGUAUUUAGUCAUGAAAUCAAUAAAAGUAAAAGUACUUCUACAAGAAUUAAUCAUUUAAAAAAAAAACAUUUUGGAUACAUGUAAGCCAUUGAAUAACCAUAUUUUAAAAAUAGAAUUUCUCCCUAUUUUACCUGUUAGUCACAUGCAAGUACACAAGGAAAUGGUUUUAUUUCAAGCUCUUUGUUUACUAAAGAGAAAGAGAAUCAAUUCAUAAAUCCAGCUUCACUUUGUAGGAUUUGUUUGUAUAGUCCAGUUUCCAUUGUAAGAUUUUUUUUAAAAUCCCUCUUCCUUCCUGCUUCUGAUCUAGACUUGCUUUCAAUGUUCCCUCGAGUGAGUAUUGUUCUGUCAAUUCUCUCCAAAUCUGUGUGAUCUUAUGAUUAUUACUGAUGUGAUUUUGUUGUUCAUUUGAGCCCCUCUAAGACAUGUUCAUUUAAAAUCCUCUUUGAUUAAACUGUACUGGUUUGUGAUGUGAAUCAAUUUCCUGAAUGAAGAAUUCAAUCCAAAAAAAAUUAUCUUUUUUUUUUAUUGUGUUUUAUGAUCUUCAUACUGUUUCAUAGCUUGGGAGUGUUGGAUAUUAUACAAGCCUGUUUGAUUAAUUAGAUGAGAUUAGUCUUUGAUUAAAAAGAGUUUGAUAGCAUUUUAAUAGGCUUGGUUUCAGUUGGAUUACAGGGUGAGCAGCCUCAGGCAUAAUGACAUUACUCACUGCUCCUGAUGGAUGCACUGCCACUCAAAUGUCUAUGUGUGUGUGUUUCUUUUCUCUGUGGAUAUCCUAUGUAGGUGUGUUAAUGUGUGUGCAUGCUUCUCUGUGACCAUGCUUGAGUUUUGUGUCAUUCCUAAUACACCCACCAUCUCUGUAGACAACAUUAAA